AUGAAGGGUUUCAAGAUGAAGGUCAGCCAGCUUGGUAGAAAGAAUUCUACCGAUUCUACCUCCUCAAAGAGCAAGGAUCCCAAGGCCGCCGCCAAUGCAGCCGCUGCAGCGGCUCCUCCGCCCCCGCCUCCAAAUUCCGCUAAGCCUCUGCCCCCGCCGCAGGUCCCCGGCACUCAUCUUUCCAACGCUAGCAAUCACCAGCUUCCGGCAACCAACGGUUCCUCAUCUGCUUCAGCUGCAGCUGCUCGUCUCAACGCCGCUGUCAACACCACUGAUCGCAGAUACGUGAACCCAAGCGGGCCUGGUGUUGCGCCUCCCAUUGUUGUUGUCAGCCCUGACGCUCCCUCGAACGAGGACAGACUUCCAGAGAAUGGGCCUGUGACUCCUCCCCGCGUUGGCUCGCUUGCGACUCGGGGCCUUCGUCCUGCCCCCAAGGACACUAUCCCAAUUUCAGGCAAGCCUCCUCGCAAGCAACGGAGCAGCCGUUUUGUAGUCAAUGAGAAGGUCGAAAUUGAAAGGCUCCCAGCAUUUAAUGAAACUCCUGCAAGCGAACGCCCGCAACUCUUCAUCAGGAAGCUGCAUCAAUGCGCCGUCGUCUUCGACUUUAACGAUGCGAACUCGGAACUUAAGGGGAAGCAGAUCAAGACUCAAACCCUGCACGAAAUGUUGGAAUAUAUCACGACCCAGCGCGGUGUGAUUACGGAGAAUGUAUACCCCGAGGUGGUCAAGAUGUUUGCCACCAAUCUCUUCCGCUCUAUACCCCCUCCGGUGAACCCUACCGGAGACGCGUUCGACCCCGAAGAAGACGAGCCAGUCUUGGAGCUUGCGUGGCCGCACCUCAAGAUUGUCUAUGAGUUCUUCCUUCGAUUUGUCGAGAGUCAAGACUUCAACACGAAUCUGGCGAAGCGGUAUAUCGACCAGAACUUUGUCCUCAAUCUGCUCGAGCUCUUUGACUCGGAGGACCCUCGGGAACGCGACUUCUUGAAGACGACGCUGCACCGGAUAUAUGGCAAGUUCCUCAACCUGCGUGCGCCUAUUCGGCGGAGCAUCAACAACGUCUUCUUCCAUUUCAUAUACGAAACCGAGCGACACAACGGUAUAGCCGAGCUACUCGAGAUUCUCGGCUCCAUCAUCAACGGCUUCGCGCUUCCUCUCAAGGACGAGCACAAAACGUUCCUUAUGCGCGUUCUCAUCCCGCUGCACAAGGUCAAGAGCCUGUCAAUGUAUCAUCCCCAGCUCGCGUACUGUGUUGUCCAAUUCCUCGAGAAAGACGCUGCACUGGCGGAGGAGGUGGUUAUUGGUCUCUUGAAGUACUGGCCGAAGGUGAACUCACCGAAAGAGGUGAUGUUCCUGAGCGAGAUGGAGGAGGUUCUAGACGUGAUCGAUCCGGCAGAAUUCCAAAAGAUCCAGGAGCCCCUGUUCCACCAGCUCGCACGGUGCAUCAACAGCCAGCACUUCCAGGUCGCGGAGCGUGCAUUGAUGUAUUGGAACAACGAGUACAUCGUAAACCUCAUGAGCGACAACCUCUCGGUCAUCCUUCCUAUCGUCUUCCCCGCGCUAUACACCAACUCACGGUCACAUUGGAACCGAACGAUCCACGCAUUGGUUUACAAUGCCCUAAAGCUCUUUAUGGAGAUCAAUCCCGAUUUGUUCGACGAGGUCAUGCAGCAGUACAAGCAACGCAAGCUCGACGAGCGACAACAUGCCGUUGCACGGUACGAGGAGUGGCAAAAGCUCCGGGAGCAAGCGCUCAGAAACUGUGGAGGCAAACUCCCCGAGGGCUACGUCGACGUCGAGCCGACACCACCUCCACCACCGGUGGAAGACUUCGACAUCAUGGACCUAUCAAUCGACCUCAACGCGGUGUCGAUCGACGCGGAGGCGCCGUUGGGCGAGCUGGACGAGUCUGGGAUCGAGCGGGUGCCUAUGGCAGACCCGGGGAUGGAUCGUCCGUUCCCCGAGGUCGGCCAGGAGCAUUCUUCGCCAGGCGGACUGCACUCGCGGCGAAAGAGCGCAUUACCCGUGGACCCGACGGUCUUGCGAGAUCUCCAGGCACAUAAGAGUCUCGAAGACACCGUCGCACCACGCGGUCGUAUCGCUGGAGAAGGAUCUUGAGCUUUCCCCCUUCCCUUCCCGUUUAUUGCGGCGAGACGGCGCCAUCGGUUUCCAUUCCACUUCGAACAGGACAGCAGUGCUUGACCCCGUCACGCCGGACGUUGUUGUUAGCGUUUAUCAAUCGUCUUCUCUACCUGCCUGCCUCCCCCACCUCACCUGCACUCGGAUCCGAUCCCCCAGCCGCACUCCCACCACGCUUCACGAUGCACACAUAUACAACCAGGCAUACACCAAUUCUCCGUCUGCUCUCCCGCGCUUCGCGCUGUUGCUACUAUUCUGUUGUUGUCCCACCCAACGCGGCCCCGUCCGAUCGUGGGCCUGCGAAGAUAUAUCCCUAUACUCCUCCUUCAUUGAUAUCUUCACCCCCGCGUGAUUAUGCCUCCUGUCGGAUGCGUGCGCGCGCGCUGUGUAUGGGUGCGACGCUUACUCCGUUCCCUUUGCCAUUUGCUGUCCAUGGAUCGCCUCGUCUCGUCUCGUCUAUAACCGCGACCGUCUCUGUUCUCCCUUUUCCGCUACUAUACAUGGGAACCCCCG